UACUGAUACAUAUAUAAAAAAAGAUUCACUGUUUUUUGAUUUAAUAGUAUAAUUUUGAAUUAAAGUGUAUCAUCAGAAAAAAGAAUAUGGAUUAUUUGAUCGGAUUAUGUAUCGUCCUAAUGGCAGGUGCUAACGUACUUGCUAUAGAGUGUCCUCUACCGGGCGAUUCAAUAACAUUUUAUCCUGAUUACACAAAUUGCUCCAGAUACAUCGAGUGUUACAAAGGAGAGGCUAGUUUAAUGUCAUGUCCUGACGGUUUAUGGUGGAAUCAAAAAUACUUAACUUGCGAUUAUCCAAAGGACGUAGAUUGCAAAACUGAUCCUACAGCUACGACACCGUCUACUCACAGUACUUCCGAAGGAACUACCUCUUCAGGAUGGACACCGGAUCAUCAAUGUCCGUAUCCAACGGAUCAAAUAACCUACGAUUACGAUCCGUUCGAUUGUCAAAAAUAUUAUGAAUGCGAUCACGGAAACAGAUACUCGAUGACUUGUCCCGACGGUUACCUUUGGAAUCACAUCAACAAUUAUUGCGAUUUUCCCGAAAACGUCGAUUGCUCGCGUACAAUUACGACUCCAAAACCGAUUUGCGACGAACAAGACGGAACUUUUUACGCUAACACGACCGAUUGUACGAAGUACAUCGAAUGCGUUAACGGAGAAGCUAAGGAUUUGACGUGUCCUGACGAUACGUGGUGGGACGAAAUUAGAUUAACCUGCGAUUAUCCUGAAUACGUCGAUUGUAAAGCUGAAAAAAAUUAAUCAAAACGUUUAAAUAUGUACAAUAAAAGUUGUUAUCGAUUGAA